AUGGAUGCCAUCACGAUCGACCCAAACGAAGACGUCAUUGUUAAACAUGCCAUUUCAGGCAUCAGAGAGUUUGUGAGCUUCAUGAUAGGCUUCCUUGCUCGUGUACCGUUAAUACUCGACGUCUUCUGGCAUAUCUCCAGGGAUGGGAGAAUCCCGAGUGAACGCUUUUUCGACAACCAGAAACGCCAAGCCGACGAGAGCAACGAAACCACUGUUCAGCGUCUUCGUGCGCUGAUCGCAUUCUCGAUAUUGUGCAUGGCGUCCGGCGUCUACCUUGCUAAGGCUCUAAAGCGUAAUUUUACCGUACAUGUAGUAGCCUUCACUUUGCGUCCAUCGCAUGGAGGGCUCAUCCCUAUCCUGAGCGACAGAGAGAACCUCAAGGUCAACUUGAUCGACAUCACCAUGCUCGCCGCGGACAUAGGCAUCAAGCCAGACGAGAUCCCCUCAGGCCUGGCGCGUUCAUCAUUUGAUAUGAUCGCGGAUGAAAUCAGGUCAACCGACCAGGAGGCGGCUCAAGCGGUCCAAGCUUUGAAGCAGGAGUGGAAGAUCGCCGCGCUGGGCACAGAUGAGGAGUGGCGGAGUGACUACACUCGUAUGACUCAUUUCGAGGACAAAGGUAUCGAGGUCGUCCUGGUGGAGUUCGGCCCCACUCUGAUAAAGCUGAGUCAGAAGGUUUGA